CGACGACCUUCGCCAUUGAGCGCCUUCAGACGUAGCCAUUCGCCAUAUUUCCGAGCGUCUUUCCUCAUACUCCGACAUCAUGAGCUACGUCACUCGCCGAGCGCUUUCUACGCUCAUCCCUCCCAAGAUUGCCUCCCCUAAGGCAAUUGGUGCUGCUCCCGAUGCUCUGCGCAUGCAGCGUGUUGUGAGCUUCUACGAGAAGCUUCCCCGGGGCGCCGCCCCCGAGAUCAAGGGCAAGGGUCUUCUCGGCCGCUACCAGGCCAAGUACUUUGGCAAGAACCCAUCUGCUACGCCUAUCGUGCACGCCCUGCUUUUCCUCAUCGGUAUUGGCUACGCCCAGAACUACUACUUCCACCUGCGCCACCACAAGAACAAUGCCCACUAAAGUACUACGGAUGGUUUGUUGAGGCCUCUCUCAAAAAAAUGAUGAGCGGUUAUGUAAAUAGACUUUAGAACGGUGUUGUCAUAUACACACCCGGGCUUCCUCAUGUACUAUCAGACACGC